CGGGCGCGGCGCGGGUGGGCAGGGCCGGCCGCCGCCCCGCCCCCGCCCGCCGCCGCCGCCGCCGCGCCCGCUGCCGGCCGUGCCCCCGCUAAAGGAGGCAGGGAGCGGGGCGGCGCGGCAGUGCGUCCCGAGCCUCGCCCGCGCCUUCAGCCCCGACAGCCGCGCCGGCAGCCAGCCAGUGGGAACAGCGCCGGGAGGGAUGCGGGGCGCCGGGGAGGAGGCAGGGGCGGCGAGCGCGGCCCCCGCGCCGCUGUGAGCCCCCAGCUCCUCGCAGGCACAGAGAGAGGAGAUAUAUACGCGUAUACGCACGGACCCUGCGCAUAUACACGUAUAUAUACACCCGCCGACAGCAACAUCGCUUUUCUCCUCGGGAGCGGCCGCCGAGGCGCUGCCCUGAUGCCCGGCGGGGCGGCGGGGCCGCCGCUCGGGCGCGCAGCUCCCCGCUAGAGGCGGCGGCCCCCGCGGACUGGAUGCGUGGCGCCGGUGCGGGCGGCACCCCCGGCCCGGCCGCCGGGGCCCCGCGGCACUAGGGGCCGGCCAGGCCCCCCGCCCCGGCCCGGCGGCGGCGGCGCGGGGAUGCUGGCGCUGGGGCAGAUGGACGGCGCGCCCCGGCAGGGCGCCUUCCUGCUGGGCAGCCCGCCGCUGGCCGCCCUGCACAGCAUGGCCGAGAUGAAGGCGCCGCUGUACCCCGCGUACCCCCUGCCCGCCGGGCCCGCCUCCUCCUCCUCCGCCUCCGCCUCACCCGCCUCCGCCUCGCCCUCGCCGCCGCUCGGCUCCCCCGGCCUCAAGGCGCCCGCCGCCUCCGCCGCCGCCGCGGGCGGGCUCUCGGCGCUGGGCUCGGCCCCGCCGCAGCUCUCGGCCGCCACCCCGCAUGGCAUCAACGACAUCCUCAGCCGGCCCUCCAUGCCCCUGCCGGGCGCCGCGCUCGCUUCCGCCUCGCCCUCUGCCUCCUCGGCGGCGCCCGCCGGGCUGCUGGCCGGGCUGCCCCGCUUCGGCAGCCUCAGCCCCCCGCCGCCGCCGCCGCCCGCCCUCUACUUCAGCCCCGGUGCCGCCGCCGCUGCCGCCGCUGUGGCCGCCGGGCGCUACCCCAAGCCGCUGGCCGAGCUGCCCGGCCGGACGCCCAUCUUCUGGCCGGGAGUGAUGCAGAGCCCGCCCUGGAGGGACGCCCGCCUCGCCUGCGCCCCCCAUCAAGGCUCAAUUUUGCUGGAUAAGGACGGAAAGAGAAAACAUACCAGACCCACUUUUUCUGGCCAGCAGAUUUUCGCCCUGGAAAAGACUUUCGAGCAGACGAAAUACCUGGCGGGCCCGGAGCGAGCCCGGCUGGCCUAUUCGCUGGGGAUGACGGAGAGCCAAGUCAAGGUCUGGUUCCAGAACCGACGGACCAAGUGGCGGAAGAAGCACGCGGCGGAGAUGGCGACGGCGAAGAAGAAGCAGGACUCGGAGACGGAGAGGCUGAAGGGCGCCUCGGAGAACGAGGAGGAGGACGACGACUACAACAAGCCCCUGGACCCCAACUCAGACGACGAGAAGAUCACGCAGCUGCUGAAGAAACACAAGCCGGGGGGCGGCGGGAUGCUGCUGCACCCCCCCGAGGGGGAGGCCUCCGCCUAGCCCACUCAGCCUGCCGCCGCUUUCGGAGAUGUACAGAUCUAUUUUUCUAGACUCUACGCGCCCGGGAGGAGGAGGAGAAGAAGCCGGAGGGGGAGCAGAGAGGACUGCGGCGGAGCGGGCCCCCCAGCGGGAGCGCCCGUCCCCCGGCGCCGCGUGUUAUUGUAGGGUUGCGGGUGGCGGGGAGCGGCGGGGGCUGCCCCGGCCCUAAUCCCGCUCCCGGCGGUGCGGCGGCCGCCUGUUGCCGGCUCUUUGUAAAUAAACCGUGAGUCACCGCGACCAUAGGCGUUCCUUACUGUGAAUAUUUAAAAUGUAAAAUACCUUCUUUUUUUGUACAGCGGGGGCUGGGGUUGCCGCCCCCCCGCCCGGCCCGUGCCGACCCGUGCUCCCCGCCGCCGGGCGGCACCGGCGGCACCGCCUGAGCCCCGAGACGGGCGGCGGCGGGGCCGCCGAGGAAAAAAACCGCCGUGGCUGCCACCGGCCCCUCCCUCGGGCCGAAACUGCAGCGGCCCCGCGUGCUAUUUAUUAGUAUUUUUGAAACACUUUCUGUUGCGGUCGUCGUGCAGAGGGAGGGGGGAGAGGGCGAAGGGACAGAGUUUGCUUUCACUUACACCGUUUCCAAUCAACCGCGUGUUGAAAAAGUAGCUGGUGGGAAUUGUCACAACCACUUUCAGUCAAAAUAUAAAAUUCAUUUAGUUGCUGUAAUUGAAUUUAAAGUGUGUUUUCUUUUGUAUCAUACGGAAUACUAUAGAAUGUAAAUUGCUUUCUUUUUUUUAAGCUAAUAACGAUGAUAUAUCGUGAUAUAGCAUCUUAACAUUUAUUAAUUUAUAUUAAAAAUAAUUCGGUUUGUAAAGAGAAGAAAAACCCUUUGCAAGACCAGUUAAAUGUAAUGCACUUUCUGUUUAAAAAAAAACGAUA